AGACGGGGCCGGGCGGGGAGAGACCCGCGGCGGCCGGGGAGCCGCGAGAGCCCGAGGGAAAGAAGAAAGGAAGGCAAGGGCAGGCCGGGCGUUGCGGAGGAAGAGCGGUACCGCCUGUUAUAAAGGGGAGGAGGCGGAGGGGGAAGGAAGAGCGUGCGGAGCGGAGCCGCCUCCAGAGACAGCCAGACACAGGGAGGAGAGCGGCUGCCCGCCCGGCUCCCCCUCCCUCCUCCUUUUCAUGGACUCUCUCGUCGGGCUGCCGUCGCUUUUCUUCCCUCCUCGCUCCGUCUCUCUCCUACCCAAAAUGAUUCAGCUCCAUGGCUGCCACUGACGGGGAUGUCCCUGCCCGGCUCAGCCCGCCGCUGCCGCCCCGCUGUGCGCCAGUCCCCCUGACUCAGCCGCAGACAUUAGUGCUAGGAAGAUGGCGCACCCGGCAAUGUUUCCUAGAAGGGGCAGCAGCAGUAGCAGCGGCAGCAGCUGCGUUACUGCUCCCACUGCACCAGGUACCGGCGUUGGGAGCGCUGCCCUCUCCGCCGAGGAUUACCAGCCGCCCCUGCUGGUCCAGCCGCCGCCUCCAUCUCCUGCAGCAUCCUCAUCGGCGGGCCUGCAGCCGACACCCCCUCCUCCACAAAGCCUGAACCUCCUCUCGCAGUCUCAGCUCCAGCCGCAGCCUCUCGCGCAGACCGGAGCACAGAUGAAAAAGAAAAGUGGCUUCCAGAUUACCAGCGUGACCCCUGCUCAAAUAUCUGCCAGUAUGAGCUCUAAUAACAGCAUAGCUGAAGAUACGGAAAGCUACGAUGACCUGGAUGAGUCUCACACGGAAGACCUGUCUUCUUCAGAAAUCUUGGAUGUUUCUUUAUCCAGGGCCACUGACUUGGGUGAACCUGAGAGGAGCUCUUCUGAAGAGACUUUAAAUAACUUCCAAGAGGCAGAGACUCCCGGGGCCGUUUCUCCAAACCAGCCUCAUCUUCCUCAGCAGCACCCUUCUCUGCCUCAUCAUCCGCAGCAGAGCGUUGUGAUCAACGGAAGCGUUCACCCCCAUCACGUCCAUCACCACCAUCAUCUUCACCACCACCAUCAUGGACACCAUCACCCAUCACAUCCUGGGGUGGGCAGCGCCCCAGUUUCUGGAGGACCACCACCCAGCCCAUCGUUUAGAAAGCUAUCGACAACUGGAAGCUCUGACAAUGUUAUAUCAGCUGCGCCAGGUUCUGCUGCAUCAUCCACCGGUCCCCCUGCAUCUGCCGUGUCUAAUAUCCGCACUACGAGUACACCUGGCAGUCUAGGUGUAAGUUCUGCUACUGGAACUAGUACCUUGAAUAGUAUGGGUGGAGGUAGUUCUAGUGUGGCAAGCAGUGUGCUUGGUACUAUGAAUUUAAGCAACAUCACAAGUACUGGUAAUGUAAAUGCUUUGUCUGGAACUAGUGGCAAUGUUAAUGUGAAUAUCUUGAGUGGUGUUGGCAAUGGUACGAGUGCUUCCUCUAGUGUCGUUAACAAUGUUACUAAUCCGAGUGCAGGAGUGGCCGCGGGAUCCAGCCAACAGCAGCCCGCAUCUGGCACCUCAAGGUUUAGGGUUGUAAAAUUAGAUUCUAGUUCUGAACCUUUCAAAAAAGGUAGAUGGACAUGCACUGAGUUCUAUGAUAAAGAAAACACUGUUGCAGCUUCAGAAGGAGUAGCAGUAAACAAAGCAGUAGAGACGAUAAAACAAAACCCGCUUGAAGCGACUUCUGAAAGGGAGAGCACCAGUGGGAGUUCUGUUAGCAGCAAUGUAAGCACACUGAGUCACUAUACAGAAAGUGUGGGAAGUGGAGAAAUGGGAGCACCUACUGUGGUACAGCAGCAAGCCUUUCAAGGUGUGGGUCCUCAGCAGAUGGAUUUUAGCAGCGCUGCUCCUCCAGCAAUUCCAGCAUCUAGUAUACCACAGAGUGUUUCCCAAUCACAGCUUGCACAAGUCCAGCUGCAUUCUCAAGAGAUAAACUAUCCGCAGCAGAAGCCAGGGGUCCAACCUCCUGCACAGGCCAGUCUAACCACUGUUACUGGGGUUCAGCCAGCCCCGGUUAAUCUACUAGGUGUAUCCCCAGCUCUGGGCCACCAGCAGCCUGCCAUUCAAAGUAUGGCUCAACAGCAGUUACCUUAUUCUCAGCCGGCGCAGCCUGUGCAGACUCUGCCAGUUGUACAACAGCAGCAGUUGCAGUACGGACAGCAGCAGCAGCAGCAGCAAGCGGUUCCUACGCAGAUGGCCACAGGUCACGUUAAGUCGGUGAACCAAAACGCUGUCACGGGGGCUGUGCCAGAGUAUAUUCAGCAUCAGCAGAUCCUUCAGCCCCCGGCACCUGCUAUGCAGCCCAGUCCUGCAGGAGUAGGGGCAGGGCCGCCGGUUCCUGUUGCCCAGGUCCCGAGCAUGCAGCCUGCGGUCCCGGCGCACCCAGCCGCUGCCCCGGCUCAGCCUGCUGCGCACGCCCCGGCAGCGAUACCAGGUGUGGGUACCAGUGGGCAGAUGUUGAGCGUUGGGCAGCAAGCAAAUGUGGCCACUGUGGUGCAACCACCACCUGCUGCAAACCAAAUUCCACCUCCAGUUAUGCCAUCAACCGCUGCUCCUCCAUCUUCGCAAGUGGUGCAGCCUGUGCAGACAGGAAUAAUGCAGCAGGGAUUACAGGCUAGCGCUUCAGGCCUUCCUCAGCAAAUGGUUAUUGCUCAGCAAAACACUUUGUUACCUGUACAGCCGCAGGCACAAGCGGUGGAAUCAGUGGUGCAAGGAAUGACUGGCCAGCAGCUGCCUGCAGUUAGCCCCAUACCUUCUGCUAGUACUGUUGCUGCACCGAGUCAAGCUGGUUCGGCUGUGCCCCCUGGCAUACCUUCUGCUUCUAUAGGUUUGGGACAGCCACAGAGCAUAGCCCAGGCUUCAGCUGUGCAGAAUGGGAAUCUGGCUCAGAACGUUAGUCAGCCUCCUUUGGUAUCAACAAGUAUAGGUAUGCCGGUGGCACCCAGCGUGCCGCAGCAGAUACCGCUGAGCUCUACCCAGUUCCCAGCACAAUCACUAGCCCAGCCAGUUGUAAGCCAAAUGGAAGAUGGCAGGCGCCCUACAGAACCUUCCCUCGUUGGUUUACCUCAAGCUGCCAGCGGGGAGAGCGGCGUUGGAGCGUCGGCCAUCGCUGAUGGCAGUAGCAGUAACGUGCCAGCCUCGGCCUCCCUCUUCCCACUGAAGGUGCUGCCCUUGGCGACGCCCCUCGUAGAUGGGGAAGACGAGAGCUCCUCCGGUGCGAGCGUGGUAGCCAUCGACAACAAGAUCGAGCAGGCCAUGGACCUGGUGAAGAGCCACCUGAUGUACGCCGUGAGGGAGGAGGUGGAGGUCCUGAAGGAGCAGAUCAAGGAGCUGAUAGAGAAGAACUCGCAGCUGGAACAAGAGAACACGCUGCUCAAAACGCUCGCGAGCCCGGAGCAGCUCGCUCAGUUCCAGGCGCAGCUGCAGACUGGUUCCCCGCCGUCCUCCGGCCAGGCGCAGGGCACGGCGCAGCAGCCCGCCCAGCCGGCCUCACAGGGCUCGGGGCCCUCGGCGUAGCCAUGGGUGGCACCGCCACCCCACCGGCCUCUGGACUGCCUGCAGAAGGGCUGGUGGCGUGCGGCCCAUCCCCGGCACCUUGCAGGACUCCGCACCCCGCAUCGCAGCGAGGGGCUCCCCGCACUCGUCUGCCUCCCUCCUGCCUCCCUCCCCUCUGGUUUGAAGGAGGCUCCGUUCUUAGGUUGAUCGAGUGAAACAAACUUCUUCCAGACAAUUAGCACGAGGACGCUGGGACGCGAGCAGCUUCCGCAGGUGGCCGAAAACGAAGCUGCAUGCCUGAAUUUUUUUUUUUGUUUGUUUGUUUUUAAAUCUGCUCAUCCAGUGACGCGACCCAUACAAGUGCUUUUCCAGCUUGGAAACGUGAAGAAAUAGACUGGAGUGAAAAACCAAAAGUGAUGGCUCAACCCCCAUAGUGCACCUGAGUUCUGAGUGAGGACCGGUGCAUUAGGACCUCAGAGGAAGAGGGAGAAAGGUAAACUCAGUGUUUAACACUUAACUGUCACCUGAAACCUUAAGUGCAAAUAUUUGCACCGUUUUCUGAAGCAGUGGACAGGUGCAUAAAGCUGUAUUAUAUAUAGAAGGCAGGUAGGUGACGUACAGCUGGGUCAUAGGAGAAUUACAAUGAAGGUUAUUUGCCUACUGUAUAUUUGUGUAUUUAGUGUAAUUACUUUGUAAAAUAGCAAACUGUAACUAUUUAGGUUGUACAGAUUGAGGUUUAGUUGUUUCAUUGGCUGAUCUGAAGAAGUUUGGGAAGUUUUUUUUUUUUUUUUUUUUAUGCUACAUAAAUAAGAAUGCACCUACACAACUGUUCAGAAUUUGGCAGAUUUAUGCUGUUUGUGUAACUUCUGAAGUUCCCUGAUUGCUGAUUAUCUUGAAGUAAAUCUUUGUUCAUUGUAGUUUGGUUCAAGACAGGAAAAACCACUCCAAAAAUUACCAAGCCCCGCUAGCAAAGAAUUAAAAAAAAAGAAAAAAAAAAAAAUUGAUUUCCCAGUAUGAAUUUUUGCAUAUGAGCUGUAUAGUAGUAUGCAUAUGUUCUUGUGCAUGUUCUCUAAACAGUUGUAACACGUCAAUGUAUUUAACUGUUGCACUUGUCAACUUUCAAUAAAGCAUACAAUGUUGAUAAA